AGGUAUAUUGGUUGGGUAAAAUUACAAUUUGACUAAAGUACUCGAUCUUUGUGAAAUGCGUAGCAUUAAUAUAUAGGAGAUAAUUUCAGUCACAUUUGGUAAAAUUAAGUUUGCUGAACAAUGCAUUCUCACUGGAGAGACUGUAAGGCAUGGCAACAGUUCGGAACACCUUGGAGCACAACAAGCAAUGAGGCGUGUAAACAGUUUGAUGCGAGUCUGACACAGUACGUGGGAUGGUAUGAUGACACAUCUGUUGGUGGGAUAGAAAAAUCACUGGACAAAACAUUAGAAGCAGAUCCUAACUUUGUGAUGGGUCACGUGAUCAAGAACGGUCUGGAACUUCUCGGUACCGGAACUAAUGUACGUUUGAACAAAGAUCUUGCUAACGGCAUUGAUACCAUGGUAAAACUGGCGGGGUCUCAAGCAGGACUAUCUGACCGGGAGAAGAAACAUGUUAACGCCGUCAAACUGUGGUCUGACGGUGAGAUGUCAGACGCGUGUAACGUGUGGGAGGAUAUCUUGAUGGAAAAUCCGUACGACAUGCUGGCUCUAAAAUUUGCACAUGACACUUACUUCUAUCUGGGAUAUUCUACACCAAUGAGAGACUCCCUUGGCCGGGUGUUCCCGCAAUGGAAGGAUAGCAUGCCUCUCUAUGGAUAUUUGUAUGGAAUGUACUCGUUUGGACUGGAAGAGACAAAUCUAUAUGCUGAAGCUGAGAAAAUAGCAGGCAAGGGCCUGGAAAUUAACCCACGUGAUGCAUGGUCCACUCAUAGUAUGGCGCACGUGCUGGAGAUGAUGGGACGCCAAGAUGAGGGCAUCAAAUUUAUGUCUGGAACAGAAAAUAAUUGGAGUACAUGCGGCAUGUUGUCCUGUCAUAACUACUGGCACUGGGCUCUACAUCUUAUAGAAAAAGAGGAUUAUCAGGGCGCUUUAGGAAUCUACGACAAUCAUUGUUUCAAUUCGGCGAAAGCUUCCGGAGCACCCCUAGACUUUGUGGACGCCUGCUCGUUGUUGAUGAGGCUCGAGAUGGACGGGGCGAAUGUUGAGGGCAGGUGGAAGGAUAUCUACGAGGUGAUCAAGUCGCACGAGGACGAUCACGUGCUGACAUUUAAUGAUAACCAUAUUCUUUUGGCGUGCCUUGGGGCGGAGAACAAAGCGGCCGUAGAGCAUUUGAUGACGUCAAUCAAAGAUUGGCUCAAGCAGUGUAAAGGGGAUCAGGUGAACAUCACCAAUGAGGUUGGACUGCCUAUCUGUGAGGCUUUUGUAGCGUAUAAAGAGGAUGACCCUGCCAGGGCUGUGGACAUACUGUAUCCACUCAGAUAUAAAAUCAUUAAAAUCGGGGGCAGUCAUGCACAGAGAGAUUUAUAUAAUUUGUUCCUAAUCCACGCAGCUCUGAGAUCCAACAAUCCCAAACAUCACAAGCUAGCAAGAUUCUUGCUACAGGAGAGAAAGUCCGUGAAGUCCUGCUCACCAAUGACCGACCGUCUCAUACAGAGGGCCAUGGCCCAACAUGUGGAUUGAAGAAAUAACGGCGAUCCAUUUAAAUAACACGAAGUGAUGAAUAUUUAAGACAUUGUCGAAACUUAAUCUAUAUUACUUCAUACUAAGCGGGAAUACGUACAUACUUACCUUACACAUGAACAACAUAAUUAUGUGUUUUUGUUGUAAAUGUGGUCUGUCUACUUGUCCGAAUGUAAAGAUAUUUCAUGCGCCUCUGUGUAUAACGGAAAUCCUGAGAUUUUUGUCUAACACAAUCGUGUAAGAAGUUGAACUAAAAAACUGGCAAUAAGAUCACGUGAUGAUGCAUUUAAAAGAUGAAAGGCACGUGUGUCUUGCUUUUUUUUUUUGCUGUAUGACAAAAUUCAAAGUAAAGUAUUAGUUGGAAACAUCCUAUGUAUAGGCUAUAUUAUUCCAUAUAUAUGGUUGCAUAUUUGUGCCACGAGAUAGCUAGGCAGCUAUCGCGAUACUUAAUAAAAAAUAUCUUCAUUUUUUUCUAAAAAGAUUACGUCAAUAUUUGGAAGUUUCCUGGAAAUAUUAUUGCGAUAAUUUACUUUAUUAUCUAUAAAAGGUAUACGCACGUGUCCACGGCUGCCAUUUAUUAGCAAGAUAGCUGUGUAUAUACUUUAGAAAAUUAUCUUGAUAUUUUGAGCUUUUCUGGAAUAGCGUAAAGUUUCCUGGAAACAAAAAGCAUAUCUAGAAAAGAUAAUUAAUUGUGAUGAUGUAGUAGAAAACACAACUUUUCUGGAAAGUUUUGAGUAUUACCUUGAUAGCUAACACGCGUCUCGUGGCAGUUUCAAGCAUAAACGCAAAAUUUUGCGCUAAAGCAUUUUCAAGAACAAAAAUAGAAAGUUUAGAAAGUAGAAAGUUUACAGUAUUAUCCAGAUAUAGUUACCUAGAUAUGUGCCCCCAUAUCUAUGCACACAUAUAUUGUGAAUUCAGGAUAUGUUGUACUGGGCAUCACUCAUAAAGAACUUGAACACUCAAUGUACGUGUCAUUUUUAAAGUUAUGAAUAAAGAAGUUCUUUUUUGAGAACAUAUUUGAAAAAUCAUUUAAGGUUAAUGUUUGCAAAAAUCGUUGUUAAAAGUAAGGGACCCGUAGUGAAAUUGAUUCAUUCGACAGAAUUUUCUCCGAACACGAUUUCGACAUGUGUUGUACGAUACUGAAAGUAAUAGAUCACUGUCGUAGAACACGAGAACACGUGCUCACACGGAAACUGCUAAUUGCCAGAGUUCCGCCUAGAUUAACAUGCAGGCUUGCAGUUUAAUUUGAUUAAUUAUAGCCAUACUUAGCUAAUAUGUUGUACUUCUUUAUGCACGACUAUAAAUAAGUUUUUGAUGUAUGCUCAUCUAAAUUUGCAGCUUUAACGAGGCUGUGCCGAGUUUAAGACACAACAACUAUAAGUUUAAUAUAUAUAUGUAUGUUAGAUUUGCAUCGAAAAAUAUGCACUCAUUCUUUCGUGAAAUUAUUCCGUCGCAGAACUCAUGCAUAAUUUACGAUACAAAUCUAAUAACCUAUAAAUAUUAAAGCGGAAAUAAAACUUUUCUAUGUCGAUUUAUGACGUAACACUAAAAUAAAAUGCCCUUAAAUAAUAUUUCAAAUCUGCACUGAUUCCAGUGUUUCGCUUAACUUUACAAACUCGUGUACGUGAAAAUAUGUGAUAUUUCCUCUUCACGUGUCGCAUCUAAACUUGCUUUAAGUUACAUAAAGUAUUACAACAGCAACGGUUUAUAUAGGAAAAUGUUUUUUCUCAAAAGAGUUUUUAUUCAAAAUUGCAUCUAACAGAUCUUAUAAAAGGUAAAAAAAAUGAAAUUUGAGUCCAUAUGCACAACUUGCAGUUUCUUAAAUACAAAUGUAGUUUAUGCAAACGAUAAUGUGUAACUUGUAUCUAGUAUCAUAGUUAAUUUGUGAUUUAUUUAUUGACCAGAAACUAGUGUUUUAGACAAUGAAUAUUAAAUAUUAUGAUAUAA